GACUAUAAAAGGAACAGUUCACAUCUUCUCUCCAGUUCUCCUCUCACACGGCUGAUUAAAAUUCUGAUUUUCUCCUCGUUCACGAUGCAGUGGUUUGGAGCUCUGAUCCUCUUUGUGACUCUGUCUGCAGCGUUCGGAUUGAGAUGCCACUCAUGUUCAGGCAAAUCCUGCAACUUCCCAAUAGACUGUUCUCCCAACUUCGACCGUUGUGCCACCGCUGAAGUGAACGGUGAAGUUGUCAAGAGCUGCAUGAUCAAAAGUAAUUGUGUUAGUCCCAUUAAGUGCUGUGAGGGGGACCUGUGUAAUGGCAGCCCAGUUGGUCCCACCUCCAAACCCACUGGUUCCAGCAACAUACCCACUGGUUCCAGUGUCCUCCUUUUACUGGCAUCCUCAGGCAUCAUCACACUCUUUCUCUGAGGCUCUGGAGCAGCUACAGCUGAAGAAUAUUGUCUUCUGUCUUACCCAGUGUGUAACUCUGGAAGAAUAAACAAAAUUUCAAAAUGUAAAAUCUGUAAAUGACUGCAGAUCAUUGUUUGUUCAAUAAAAACACAAUAUGAUUGACCACUGAA